AUGCCUCGGAAGAACAGCGACCACACCAGCAAGCUCGAAAUGAAGCAAACCGAAGACCUCCUCGCUUCAGAGAUGAAUCGAUUGUCGAUGCAAGAACGAGCCAAUGCGUUUGCUGAUGUGCAUUGUGUAGGAGAAGAUAUCCAAGAGACCCCUGAAAUGGUUCAGCGAUCGCUUGAGGAAUUUGAAAAUACAGUACAGAAGGAACGGAAUCCUGUCUAUGAGAUGGCCGUGAAUCAGAACAGAGCAUACGUGGAAGACCCUAAGUUUCGCCUGAAGUUCUUGAGGGCCAAGCUGUAUGAUGCUCGCAAAUCUGUCCGACAGAUGAUGAGUUUUCUUGAGCAAAAAGCAAAAUACUUUGGUAAUGAUAAGGUUGCUCGAGAGAUUGAUUUGUCAGAUUUAUCAAAAGAAGAUAUGGAGUUGAUGCUUUCCGGGCUAUACCAUAUCCAAGAGGGAAGAGACAGAAUGGGAAGGGUGAUUGUGCAUUUCUUUGGCAAGAAUCUAAGUACAUGCAAGGCUGAUGAUCUGAUUCGCGCACUUUAUUACAUAUGGUGGGCUAUUAUAAUCCCCCUCCCCGAGGUGCAAAGAAAGGGCGUAGCAGCAAUUUACAACGACACAGCAAGGGAGAACCACGGAAUGCCUGACUUCAAUUUCUUUAAGGAAACCCUACUCUUCUUUACCUCGUUGCCAGUUCGAUUCUCUGUAACGCACUAUUGUCGACAUGCUGAGUUGGGAAGAACUCUUACUUUGAACGACCCGCUACUUAGUUUCGUUCUGGAUAGAUUGCCUACCUAUUUUCGAACAAGAACUCGGAUACAUCAUCGGUCGAGCAUGGAGCUGCAAUAUCAGCUCCAAAGCCAUGGCAUUCCCACCGAUACCCUUCCUUUGGAUGUCGACGGAAACAUUCGUGAGGACAUCCUUAACCUUUGGUUUGACAAGCAUGUCAAGGAAAGCAACCAAAACAAUCUCUUCCACCAAGCCAAGGUUGUUCAGACUGCGCCUGAAGCUAUGGAGGCAGACAACAGCCUUUUGAACCAUGCCCCUGUUGAUGCGAAUGAAGAUGAGGCAAGAAACGCUUUGAUGAAACUCCGGAAGGCCCCUGGUGACCAGAUACGAGGAAGCGAUGGCAACUCGGAGUCCGAUGAUCUAGCGACAGCUGUAAUCAAACCCACUGACAAUGAUCUUUUGUUUGGAAAAGGAUAUCGCCUGCAGAUGCAUCCGGGUAAUAUACGCGUUCGAGAGCAAGUCCUACGAACUAGAGACGAAUAUGAGAAUACUCCGCGAAUGAAGAGACGCGAGAUUUCAAUGCGGUUGGCCCAAAUGUUUCGCAGCAACGGAGUUCGAUUCCUCAAGAAAGCAGAAUCUGGCGAAUGGAUCGAGAGCAGCAUUGUAGAAGCGGACAAAAAGAUAGGUCAGAUAUUUAGGGAGUUUCGGAAGAAAGAGCAAAGAGGUAGACCGAACGCGAGCCGUGCAUAA